UCAUGUUCUCCUGCACGGCAAUCGGAGCUCGCGUACUACACAUGUCCCUGCGACCGUAAUCGCUGUUGCAAUCCCCAUGAGGAGAAGCCACUUGCGGUGCUUAAAAUUAUGAACGUAGCGAUGUCGAUGACGCUGCCGGCGGUCAACGGAAGGCAUAGGCGAAGAAGAGAGAGAACGAGAGAGAAGAAAUCGUUAUUGGUUUCAUCACAGGUUUGAUGCACAGGUGCUGAGGCGGAAGCAAAUGGAAUUGAAGCCGUGAUUGAUUGCUAAUGAUUUUUUGCAGUGGGGAGUUAGCAGAGUUGCGGGAAUGCUUCCCGGUUCGAAGUUGGAGAUAAUGUUGUGCUAGAGAAUCGUAUUUCUUACUGGUGGACGUUCAACUCUGCUCCUCCAGGAUGGGUGAUGCUCGAUCAUGCAAUGGCUAUUUCUAAAGUCUAAUUCUUUUAUAUAUUAGUCAUCAAGUUAUUUCCAAUACGGAAGAAUGUUCUAGAUUCUGCAUCAAGGGCUGUUUAAGCUCAUGUGUCGAUCACAUCAAAUUAUUGAUUAUGCAACAAGGUCGCAUUUCGAAGACUACUCAUUGGCGUCGACACAACUUCCUCCACAAUGUAAUCGCGAAGUUAUAUGGAGCAACCCCAGUGUUGGAAUCUCGCGUCAGAUGAACUUCUACGACGAGGAAGAACAGCCCAGGGACAAAAAAGGGAAACGAAGUAUUUGUGUAGUCGACGAGCAGCGUCCAAUCAAUAAUUUGAAGGCUCCAGGUGAUGUUCUGUUGAGACCACCAGUUUCCAGUGACCAGAGGCGCCCAGCAGAGGAGUUAUGUACGCUGGCAGCAGCUGUGAUUGACAAUUUUGGAGCUGUUAACGUUCUUCCAACUGACAAGUUUGGUGCUGUUCACUGGUAUAACAACCAGUCUUCAAGCUUCGGUUCUACAUACAGUCAGCGAUUUGAGACUGCAGAAGAAUCAAUUGGAUCCAUCAACGUUCAAGGGGAUAACAAAAAGUUACUAGAGGAUGUUCGGGGGAAAUAUCAUCUCACAGAAUCUGGUAGUUUCUCCGUGAACGAAUCUGGAUGGGGGAGGAAUAAUCCUCUUCAUUCUACUUCAGCGGGUACAAGCAAUCCUUGUUCGAGCAGAGUAUACGAUGGUUCUUACUCAAAUUCAAUAACACACAUUUGCCCCCUCGAUGAGCAAACGCCAGAUGAUAAAAACGAAAAUGACGAGGACGGCGGCAAUGAGAGUGGAGGACCUCCGUUAAAACGUUUUUGCGCUUCAUCCAGAUAUGUACAGAAUGUACAGGAAAAGAGGACUGAUAAAAGACAUGUGCAUUUCUUAUCCCCAGAGCCUAUCUCUGCUGAUUGUAAUGAGUUAUUGCAAAGUUCAAACUUGAGACACAAUUUCGAUACGAGAACAAUAUCACCCCCUACUUCACAUGUUAACAUUGGUUACCCCAAAUCGGAACCAUCUGGACUUCCUUCAGCUUCCAGUGCCCCCCCUCUGCCUCACCGUGGUUCCAGAAAAUCCGCACAAUCCCUUGAUCUAAAUGAGCUACCAAAGCCCUCAGUUGAAGAAGAUUCAAGAAGUUCCUUGAAUUCUUUCGGGUCGGAUGAUGGAUCGGUGCGUGAAAUACGCUCUAACUAUAAAUUUGCUUCCAUUGGUCGACAAGCAUAUUUGCGGGAGCGCAUGGAGGAACGACAGAAACUUCAGGAUGCUACUCCUGCAUCCAUCCUGGGUCUGCCGGAGACGCAUGGAGCAGAGAGAUGUCGUUAUGUUGUAGCUCCGGAGGAUCUGGUGUGGUUGAAUAUUCGACAUUAUUGCGGAAUGGUGCUCGACCUAGAAACCAGAGCUGUUCUGGGAACUGCGGUUCUCUUUAUACCCAAUGGUUCCAAUAAUCGAAAAUCUUCUUGGGUGACAAGCGUAAACACUGUUGAGGGCCGAUGGGAGGUCGCCAUUAAAGAUUGCGAAGGAGAGAUACAACUGGCGAAGCUGAUGCUUACCAGCACUGCAUUUGGACUAGCUUUCUUCAGUGUGCGGCCGCAGCAGAAAACUUUUGCGCUAGCCUUCCUGAGCAUUGUCGCUGGCCCUACCAGACUUUCCCAUCAACUGUUUGUAGACGCUAAUCGAGGAGAUCAAGUCUAUGUCUUUGGAUACGAGGAGCCCUGGGAAUCCGAAGCGGGAAGAAUAGCAGAUGUCAGGGUCCGACCUGGUAGAAUAAUAGAAGCUGGAAACAUGGAGAUUGUGGAGAUCGAUUUUACAAAGGGCCGAUUAGGGGGUUCCAUCACCACCCCAAGUGGCUUCAGCGGGGGCUUGGUGACGCGAUCAGAUGGACUCUGGAUUGGUGUUAUAACUGGCCAAACUGUGGAGGGUCAUUCAUCUCUGAUUGAUUUUUCUUCUGCAUACAAUGUCCAUUCCCUCCUUGAUGAGUUGUAGUCUGAUCAAUGAGCUGAUCCAUGAACCUAUAGUCACGAAUAAUGAGAUCUUUCUAGGUCUUCUAUAUAUUAUACCAGAACACCAAUUCCUGGUGCAAACAAAUGACUUCAAGAAGUUCCAGUAUCAGCUCCCAACAAUCCCUGUGAGAGAAGUUGUGAUAUUGUAAUGAUUACAUCUGACCACUCAACUUGCAAUUACUCUUUUGUUACCUAAGCUUAGUGCAGAUAUAUCGACGAAGGUAGAAAUCCCAUAGAAUGUCUAAGUGCUGUUACGGUCGGAGAUUUGGCGGUUUUUGUGCGUUUACACGCAGUAUAAAAGCUACACAGAUUUUCUGGGCUCCUCCCCAUUAAUGGUGAUUCUUUCCCUGAGACCUUGGUUAGUUGAGAGAAUCGCUUACAAUUAAAACGAGUCCUUGGUCUCCACCUCUGAUCUGCAUUCAUGUGGUGACAGCAACAUGAAGCAGUGUGG